AACAGGAAUGAAAACAAGAGAGGGGACACGCCUUCUCUCCUAAAAGGUUAUAGCAGCUUAAUAAGUGUCAGAACUGGGCAGCCCGUCGUGCUCAUGUCGGGAGACCGAAUAACAACAACACAGAAUAUUUAGCCUCGCCGAAAUGGAGUCCACAGAAAUGUCCGACUACGUUGCCAGCAGUCGUUGGUCAUAAGCGCUCGAACAUUAACAGUAGAAUCGUGUGAAAAGCCAGCAGAACAUGCCCAACCAGAAGAGCAACAAGGGGAAGAAGAGCAAACGCACCAACAGUAGCGGAGAUGAGCAGGAAAAUGGAGCCUGUGCGGCCGCAACAGGAGGCGCGGCCGCGGCUGCUGCUGUCACUAUCACUGCCGCCGCCGCUGCCGCCGCCGUCGCCGCUGCCGCUGCUACUGCGCCCGGGAACGAGCGUUCAAAUGAGGUCAAGUGUGCGACCCCUCUGGGCUGCAGCCUGGGCCGUCCCAUCGACCUGGAGAAGGACGACUACCAGCGGGUGCUCUGCAACAACGAGCUCUGUCCCUACGGCAACUGGAUGCAUCUGCAGUGUUUCUACGAGUGGGAGAGCUCCAUCCUGGUACAGUUCAACUGCAUCGGCCGCGCACGGUCAUGGAACGAGAAGCAGUGUCGACAGAACAUGUGGACCAAGAAAGGAUACGACCUGGCUUUCAGGUUCUGCUCCUGCCGUUGCGGCCAGGGUCACCUGAAGAAAGACACCGACUGGUAUCAGGUGAAACGCAUGCAGGAUGAGAGGAAGAAGAAGCCAUCUGAGAGGAGCACUGGGCGGACAGGGGCCAGUGGAGGGGCUUCUGGACCUGGGGAUGGGUUGUUUGAGGAGCCCAGGAAAAGUAAGCCGGUGUUGGGAUCGCAUAAAACAGCACACAGAGCCUCGAGUCAGGAUCUACCGAGAAAACAAUCAGUGGAGCGCCAGAACUCUGUUGAGAGUGGAGCAGCAGGGGGACUCUUUCCUCUGGGACCUCCUUACAGGUCUCCAUGUGACUCCCCAGGACAAUCUCCCCCAUCCGGAUUCUCCUUCUCGCCAACCUCUGUCCUCGGACCUGGUGUAGGUGGGCCAGCUUUCCGGGGCUCCCGUCAAUUAGGGGAGUUCCUCAAAUCAGCGGUCCACAUGGACACACAGCGCAAGCACCUUUUAGUCGGAGGGGCCUUUAGCCGAGGCUCCGGCGGUAUUCCUCAGCUUGACCCCGCAGCUGUUCUACCCCUGCCUAUGGCCUUCACCCUCCCGCUCCAUCACCGGCUCGCCUCGGGCAGUGUGGGUGAUGCCGCUCUUCCUCAGCCCGUGCAGUUCCUAAGGAGGCUGGACCUCUCGGAACUUCUCACUCACAUCCCUCGCCAUAAACUCAACACCUACCAUGUUCGCAUGGAGGACGAUGCCCAGGCGGGCCAGGGAGAAGAACUACGCAGGUUCAUCCUGUCCACCCUGAGCGCGAGCCAGAGGAACGUGGUCAACUGUGCGCUGUGUCACCGGGCACUGCCGGUGUUUGAACAGUUUCCGCUUGUGGACGGCACCAUGUUCCUCAGCCCGUCACGCCACGACGAGAUCGAGUACGACGUUCCGUGCCACCUGCAAGGCAGGCUGAUGCACCUGUACGCCGUGUGCGUGGACUGUCUGGAGGGCGUCCACAAGAUCGUAUGCAUCAAGUGCAAGUCCCGCUGGGACGGCAGCUGGCACCAGCUGGGCACGGUGUACACCUACGACAUCCUGGCCGCGUCACCCUGUUGCCAGGCUCGUCUCAACUGCAAACACUGCGGGAAGCCGGUGGUGGACGUGCGCGUGGGGAUGCAGUAUUUCUCCGAGUACAGCAACGUCCAGCAGUGUCCUCACUGCGGCAACCUGGACUACCACUUUGUCAAACCCUUCUCCUCCUACAAAGUACUGGAGGCUUAUUGACAAAUGUUGCCACGCAUGCUGCUUGUCCUUUCUUUCUUUUUUUUACUCUUUAGGAAAGUUUCUAUUUUCGGGACGUAUGAUGCGUUGAUGUCUUAGGUUCUUACUUAUUUUUAUUUUGUUUUUAUUUUAUUUUUUUAAAUGUACACACCGAGCAGUUCCGAGACGACGCCGAUCUGUGACAAGUGAAUGUACCUGGAAGACAAAUGACAUCUUUAUUUUUACCAAAAAAUAACAUUGUUGUGGAAUAAAAGGCGAGAUACGUGAA